AUGUGCCAAGCCAAGACGAACAGCAAGACGCCGUUGGUGGCUCCCGCGCAGCCCACUGCUGGCACUUCUGCCCACACGCUGUGGCAGCCGAAGCUCAUGUACUUGACCAGCAACGCGUGGACGUCCGCCCAGACGAACUUUCUGAGCAUCUUUUACCAGCAGACGGCGCAGUUUAGCAAGGUGCAGAUCGGCUUAUUGCAGACCUUGCCCUGCGUUUGCACCAUGUUGGCGCCGCCGUUCUGGGGCGUGGUCGCUGACCGCAUCCAGAACCAGCGACUUGUGCACAUUUUCUGUAUCAUCACGGGCGCGUUCCUCAUGUUUGCCGUCCGGUUCUUUUAUUGGUCUUUCGAGUGGAUGAUUGUCGUCAUUAUCAUGUCGAACUUUCAAGUGUCACCCACAGGCUCGUUGCUCGAUCACACGGUGCUCAAUCUGCUUGACAAGGUGGGCGGCGAGUACGGUAAGCAGCGGCUCUUUGGGGCACUCGGGUACGGCGUCGGGGCAUAUGUCACGGGUCUCAUUGUCACGGUCGCGGGCAUCUCGUGGUCCUUCAACGUCAGCUCCUUGCUUGGACUGACGUCGUUGUUUGUACUACGCACGAUCCCGCCCAUGCAGCACAGUCAGCUCAUGGCGGAAGCUGUGCUGGAAUCGGGUGACGUGAGACCGCCUCCGUCGUUCCUCGAGAAUGUCCGGAUGAUUUGCAAGAUGGCAGACGUGCUCGUGCUCUUUGGCGUCGUGUUCCUCAUGGGACUCAUGUACGGCGUGCUGUCGAGCUUCCUCACACUGAAUUUAUACAACAUCUCGGGUGAGAAUGCGGAGAUUGUGGGCAUCGCCAUCAUGUGCGAGACUGCAUCUGAGCUGCCCGCGUUUUUCUACUCGCACAAGAUCAUCAACCGCUUCGGCAUUGUGAACGUCUUGCUGAUGUCCAUCAUUGGCUACGCGCUUCGCGUGUCUUACUACGCGGUCAUGACCAAUGCGUGGGGUGCUAUUCCGUUUGAGUUUCUGCAUGGUGUAACCUACGGAUUGGCGUGGGCUGCGUGUACGCAGUACGUGUACUCAGCAGCUCCUCCUGGCUGUGAGGGCACUAUCAUGGGUAUAUUGAAUUCGGUGCAAAAUGGGCUCGCACGGGGCAUGGGCACUCUUAUUGGCGGCUACUUCUACCAGCACUAUGGAGCUCACACCAUGUGGCUCGUCACCGACCUUGGCGUCCCUCUUGCCCUCAUCGGUUUGGGCGUCUUUGCGCACCUCAAGAACAAGAACAAAGUCGUGUUUAUCGAAACUUACUUGGAGGAAGCCGAGCUCUUUUCCCCACACGUGGGCAACCCACAAGCACUCAAGUCACCGCACGCACUCCAGUCAUUCGUAGACCGUAACUUUGACGAGAGUUAA